AUGCCCAAUCUCGAGAGCAUAGCGUCUUUUCGCAGGCUUGCUCUUCCGUGGAGCUGGCUCCAAUCAGCUCUCAUAUCUCGCUCGGAGUGCUCUCAGAGGCUUCCGGCAGCCAAGGAGCUCGAGAAACGGCGGUUUAUGAAGAACGGUCAUCUCGACAAGAAGGUUGAUAACGAGAUGAAGAUCAUGGAGUCAUUGCUGCAAGACACAGUCCUUGAAGAUGAGGAGGACGGUAAUGACUCGAACCUUCCGUCGAGCUACGUCCCAUUUGGGUCGCAUGCGCACAACAGCAGCGGAGCCGAUCUUCGGACGGCGGAGCCGGUCUUCGGGCAGCGAAGCCCGUUUGCAUGGGACAGGCAUCCUAGCCGUAGCAGUUUGCCGCAGAGUCUGCCGCGCUCGGACGAAGAGGACGACAACCUACGAGACCCAUCGUACGGCGGCAGCGGGACAUAUUGGGACGACGACGGACACCUGGAAGAGUAA